CUCAGAGGCAGGGGAGGGCGGGGCCAGUAGGGGGACCUGCUGCUGGAAGAGCGGCGGCCCGAGCCGGGGCCAUGGCGAAGCUACUGAGCUGCGUCCUCGGCCCCCGGCUCUACAAAAUCUACCGGGAGAGGGACUCAGAAAGGGCCCCAUCCAGCGUCCCCGAGACUCCAACUUCAGUCACUAAUCCCCCUACCAGCUCCUGGGAUACAUACUAUCAGCCCCGUGCCCUGGAGAAACAUGCGGACAGCAUCCUGGCACUGGCUUCAGUCUUCUGGUCCAUCUCUUAUUACUCCUCUCCCUUCGCCUUCUUCUACUUGUACAGGAAAGGUUACUUGAGUUUGUCCAAAGUGGUGCCAUUUUCUCACUAUGCUGGGACAUUGCUGCUGCUACUGGCAGGCGUGGCCUGCCUCCGAGGCAUUGGCCGCUGGACCAACCCCCAAUACCGGCAGUUCAUCACCAUCUUAGAAGCAACACAUCGGAACCAGUCUGCAGAAAAUAAGAGGCAACUUGCCAACUACAACUUUGACUUCAGGAGCUGGCCAAUUGACUUCCACUGGGAAGAACCCAGUAGUCGGAAGGAGUCUCGAGGGGGCCCUUCCCGCCGGGGUGUGGCCCUACUUCGCCCAGAGCCCCUACACAGGGGAACAGCAGACACCCUCCUCAAUCGUGUUAAGAAGCUGCCUUGUCAGAUCACCAGCUACCUGGUGGCACACACUUUGGGGCGCCGGAUGCUAUAUCCAGGCUCUGUAUACCUGCUCCAGAAGGCCCUCAUGCCUGUGCUGCUCCAGGGCCAGGCCCGGUUGGUGGAAGAGUGUAACGGCCGCCGGGCAAAGCUGCUGGCCUGUGAUGGCAAUGAGAUUGACACCAUGUUUGUGGAUCGGCGGGGGACAGCUGAGCCCCAGGGACAGAAGCUGGUGAUCUGCUGUGAGGGGAACGCCGGGUUCUAUGAGGUGGGCUGUGUCUCCACACCCCUAGAAGCUGGAUAUUCAGUCCUGGGCUGGAAUCAUCCUGGCUUUGCUGGAAGCACGGGGGUGCCUUUUCCUCAGAAUGAAGCCAACGCCAUGGAUGUGGUGGUCCAGUUUGCCAUCCACCGCCUGGGUUUCCAGCCCCAGGACAUUAUCAUCUACGCCUGGUCCAUUGGUGGCUUCACUGCCACAUGGGCAGCUAUGUCCUACCCAGAUGUAAGUGCUGUGAUCCUGGAUGCCUCCUUUGAUGACCUGGUACCCUUGGCUUUGAAAGUCAUGCCAGACAGCUGGAGGGGCCUGGUGACCAGGACUGUGAGGCAGCAUCUCAAUCUAAACAAUGCAGAACAACUGUGCAGGUACCAGGGCCCCGUGCUACUGAUCCGGAGAACCAAGGAUGAGAUCAUCACCACGACGGUUCCUGAAGACAUCAUGUCCAACCGAGGCAAUGACCUCCUUCUGAAGCUCCUACAGUUUCGGUAUCCUCGUGUGAUGGCAGAGGAAGGUCUUCGUGUGGUGAGGCAGUGGCUGGAGGCCUCUUCACAGCUGGAAGAAGCCUCUAUUUAUAGCCGAUGGGAGGUGGAAGAGGACUGGUGUCUGUCUGUCCUCCGUUCCUACCAGGCAGAACAUGGGCCUGACUUCCCCUGGAGUGUGGGGGAGGACAUGAGUGCAGAUGGACGGCGGCAGCUGGCUCUGUUUUUGGCUCGGAAGCAUCUGCACAAUUUUGAGGCCACACACUGCACCCCACUUCCUGCCCAGAACUUCCAGAUGCCCUGGCACCUCUAGGGACCACAUUGGAACACAUGGAAGAACAGGAUGGGGGAGAAUGAGGGAGGACCCUCUUAUUUGUGAUUCUCUAUGUUCAUGUUGCUGUUUGUAGUUUGUGGAAAGUGGGGGACCAUCCCCCUCCUUACCACAGUUCCUUUUGCACGUUUCCCCUCAUUCACAUGACAGCACCUAACCUUCCCCUAUACAUAUCCUGCAUUAAAUGAAUGGAUUAUUCCUAAUAAUUAAUAUAAAAAGGUAUUUUUUCUACUAUCUGGCUAAUUGUGUGACUUCACAGAUGUUCAGCUAGGGGGUGGUACUGGGGAGAGCAGAGGCCCCAAAGGGCCAGGCUUUGGGAAAACCAUAAUUCCAGACAAUUAGCUUAACUUUCCCCAUCUCUGUGUACCCCUUGGCCUUCAACCACAAUCUGAGCUGUCCUCAUGCAGCAAGUCCCAAAGCCUAACCUUUCCCUGGAGUGCCUAGGGUUAUCACAGCUGUACAGCUUCCCUAGCUUCUCCUUCCUCCUUCCUCGGUCUCCUGCAUACCACAGUCCUAGGAGCCUGUGGUUGCCCCCUCUAACUUAUAACCUGUUUACAAAGUGUUUUCUAGUAUUUGAUUUCACCUAUUCAACUUCUCUGCUGAUUUCCAGGUCCAGUUUGUAUGGUGUCACUCUCAGCCCCUACAGCUAUCCUUGCUCAGCUCUUCUCAUCCCAACAAGGAGUGAGAAGUAGUCUGUUCUUUCUUGGAGUCUUAUGCAGCAAAACCUGUCCACUUUCCUCACCAUGUCAUCAAAACUGUCCUCCCAGUUUUGCAGUUCAACACAGAGCUUGCCAGGGACCUUAAUGCCUGGAGCCAAGGACACCUGUCUUCCCAGAGCCAUGCUUUAUCUUUUGGACAGCUCUGUUAGAAAAGUCUUAGGUUAGUCAGAUCCAGUAGUGCAUACCUGUAAUCCCAGUGGCUCAGGAGGUUAAGGCAGAUGAUGGAUCUGAAGUUUAAGGCUAUCAUGAGCAACUUAGGGAUACCAUGUCUCAAAAAAGGGGUGAGUAUAUAGCUUAGUGGUAGAAUGACCCUGGGUUCAAUCCUCAAUGCUGCAAAUAAUAAUAAUAAUAAUAAUAAUAAUAAUAAUAAUAAUGAAGGAAAAGAAAGAAAGAAGGAAAGAAAAAUAAAGUUGUUAGAUUUAACCUGAGGAAAUCAAUUCCCAAAAAUUUCUAAUCCUUGUACCUUAUGUAACAGAAUAUAUUCCUCUUCCAUCCAA